CAAGACUCCAGAGUUAUCACAGCUCUACACUCUCAAUCAUGUGAAGUGAAAUGCAGAGGGCACAGGAAUGCUAGCACAGAAACCUCUCUGUACAACCAACACAAACACACAGAUGGCCUUGGAACAACCACAGAGGACCUUUGGAAAGGUCACCACUGUCUUCGCAACCAAGCUCAAGUCUUUCACCUUUGUACCUCUGCUGAAAAGACUGCCUAAUGAGAACAGGGUUACGGUAAACUGGAAAAAGGCACUUCAGACAAGCUGGCCAAACAAGACACGAGAGCCAGGGGACUCUGAAGACAUAAUGGCCGAUGAGAGGGUUUACAAGGCUGAGGUUAUUUACAUCCAAGACCCAGAGGAGGGCAAGACUGGAGAAACCUUCAAGAACACCACUCAAAGUGAGAUUCAGUCAACUGACAACUUAAUGCCUAACCCACACACCACCCUAGUUGGGCCUCACACAGAAUUUGGCAGCAUAACCCCCAAGUCAAGCCCUGCCACCAUGGAAACCAUUGAUAACAAACACCUUGGCAUUCCUCAUCUAAGCUUUCACAACACUUCAGCGGUUGCUGAGGUCAGCUUGCGUCUGUUUUUAAAUAGCACAUCCCAGAGAGAUGAGGUCCUGAGCCCUGCUAACUCGAUGGAUUUCAUCACCUCCUCAGCAUCCUCUAAGGAGUCUAUCCUCUCGGAGGGCUGGGACAAGGACAGGAGCUGGCCAGCACUCCACAUGUUGUCACCCAAUGGUUCUCCUGUCCCCCUUAGUCGCACAGUCUCCCCGUGCUCUUCCAUAAGAUCAGGGUCCUUCACGCCCUCAGUUGUGCGAAUUAAGAGGCACGCCUUGGCUCCUGGCUCCAGUUUGAUGUCGUCUGCUUGUGGAACACCAUGCUGUGGCAGUCGAGCGACCUCACCUUGUCCCCUCUCUCCACAUGCCCGACACAGGCCCCCACCAACCCAGCUCUCCCUGCUAACAGCCAUCCUCAGGAAAGGACGUCUACCAGUUCUGUCUUCUACUUUACAAAGACACUACACCCCAUGCUGGCCCAUCAGUCCAAUUAGCAUGUCCUCCUGUUUAGCUUGUUCAGCUGCCUCUGCCAUUGCACCCAUGAACAUGUCCAAAGCAAAGUCUUGUUCCUCCAUAGAUAGACCCAGUAGUGAGCCUUGCCAGAAUUCUAAGCCACAACCUCUGAAACCAGACCAUAGUUCUCUGUCAAUGUCAUCAUUUUCUAAGGCACCCAAAGAAAUCCCACUGCAACCACCUAAAAGACUAGACUCUUGGCUACAUGUCACCAGUAGUAGCAUCAUCUUGCCUACAAAAGACAGCCCUUUGACUUCACCAAGCUUACUAACAGUCAAGGCUGCCCCUACUCACCUUUCCAUAUCAGAUCACAAGGACAACCAUUUGCCUACAGUUCCUAGCCCCCUUUCGUGUACCUACUUCUCCCACUUGAGGUCCUUGUCUCCUAAAUCGAGCUCUCUGUCCUGUUGCAGCCCUGAGACUACAUCAGUGUCAGGUGAUCACACUGUUUCUAUGGAUCCAAACAAUUCUUUUGCAACCUUAAAGCUUUAUGAUGAACCAAAAUCAGAAAACGGUUCCUUAGAACUAAAACAGGGUCAGAAGACAUCUGAUCUCUCUGCUGAGCCAUCUCUGAAACAUACAGGAAGGUCUUCUGACAAUUUAAGCUCCUUGAUACCAAAACCCGCACAGAAUUCAUAUAAAUCCUACUGCCCUACUCUGAAAUGCACAGUAUCAUCAUGUGAUAACUCCACAUCACCAGUUUUAAACCACACAGAGAACAGACCAGGUACUCUCCUCCAAAAUGGCAGCAAAAUUGAUGUCGAAAGAGUGCACCUGUCUCCCUCUCCCAGACCCCUGGGUCUCACCCAUCUGUCCUUUACACCUCCAGCCUCUUCUGCUUGUCCCUCAGUCUACCCAAACUCCCGGUCUUCCACCCCAGAGCGCUGCACUCUUUCUCCCUCCCCAGCGGCCCUGAGCCGCCAGCUCUCCCCAUCACCCUCAUACUCCCUCAGUUCAUCACCCUCUCCGUCCCUCUGGGGCAGCACACCAGACUGCGCAGACAGGAACGAUAAAAAUAGAAAGACACACAAGAUCAAAUCUACCUACAAAGCCAUCGCUGCUAUUCCUACAAAUACACUACUCCAGGAGCAGCAGGCCAUAGAUGAUGAGGUCAACAAGAAAGAGGCAUUGGUUAACCCUGCGGACAACUAUACGUGGGAGGACCCACAUUCAAAGAUGUGCUCACCCGCACAGCUUCGUCAGCAAUCUGCUGAACUUUAUGCCGCCAUCGAUGAAGUCCUGGAGGGCCCGAUCAAAAGACAUCAAACACAUCAUGUUAACAAAACCCCUGCUUUGGGAGAAGAAGCACCAAGGGCAAACUUUCACUGUCAACCCUGUCUACCUACUGAAAAAACCCAGACAAAGCCUGGCGUUAUUAGACCAGUCCUUAUAACAUCUAGAUUAACAGAUGAUAAAGAAGAUGAAGAAUUCCACCCAAAUCCUUUUAAGAGCUAUAAAGUGAACACUUCCAGUCAUUACAAAUACAAGUUUGUCAGCAAUCCACUCUUGAAUGAAUCCACAACAGAUGGCAGAGGAGCUCCAGACUGGCACUGCGCUGAUGGAGAGGAGCAAGGAGACUCUAAGAGCAGCCUCGUAUCUCUGAUCACGCAAACCAGGAGCUCUCAACAAGAUGUUCCCAUCUCCAUCCACACUCACAAGACACACAUAUGAUGCUGAAAGUAACUGUAACAACACAUCAAACUGCUCAGUAAUCAGUUAAAAGUGCAUUAAGUAAUUUCUACCUAAUUAAAUGAAUGGUACAGUUGUCAGUCUGUUUAAAAUGAUGUAAAACACAUGAGACAAAGAUUACAGUCAGAGCCUUGUAACAAACACCAACUCCAACAUUUUCAAGUGAGCUGGUGACAGCAGCAGAGAGACUAAAGCUGACAUUGUUGUUUAGGAAAAUGAAUAAGAGCACGUCAAACAUAAACAUGUAAUUAAUUAGUGAGCUUUUACAGCCAGACAGUGAUUAUUCUGAUAUUGCACAUACUGUCAGCAUCGCAUUCAAUUAAUAACACUUAUGCAACACUUCUGAUGCAAUUCUAAUAAAUUUAAUAAUAAAUAUAUGUCAUGUCCAA